CGACAGCGAAUGCUGCGACCGUUGGCGUUUCGGAGGUGGCACCUUAUGAACUGCACCUUCAAAUGCUACUUGUUAAGUGCAUAUGGACUGAUGUAAAUCCAGCACAGGUAGGUGUCCUUUUGCGAACCAACGCACUCGACAGUAAUUCGUCAAUUCUGCGAUUGGCAGUGACUCCAUCGAACAUAGCCCGUGAACAGGUGAACCCGUGAAACCUAGUGCGUUCCAUUGCUAACUGGAAGUCGGCGAGGAUUUGACCCAGCGCGCGGGCGCAUAAGGGGGAUGAUACUUGUCGCUCAGGUUAGGAUUCUUGCCGGCAACAGUAUUCGGUCCCGUGUAGGAUUCAGAAGCGGCAUCGGUGCAUAUGUAUACAUGCGUCUGUCUACACAGGUCACGAGAUUUGGGAUGUUUAUCUCGAGACUCUUGUUUCGCGCUACGGUCGGGUGUAGAAGGAGGUCAUCGAGCAGCCAAUUGAUUUGGUUGAUUGGAUGCUCGGGGCAGGUUUUGGCUGCGCUUAUGAAUAUCGCCAUCGCGAGUAGAUGCCUACGGUACCUGGAUAGGUCCUUGGGUAACCUUACCCAGCAUGUUUCAGUCCACAACGUCCAUCUAAGUACACCAUCUGCAGGGGGCUUUUAUGCCGAGUAUUGUAGAGACAUUAUACCAAUGAGGAUUUUGAAGGUUGCCUUGAUGAUUGAGAAAUCGCCGAGUGGCCUUAGUCGCUCCAUCAGUGUAACCUGGUGCUCAUUGGCAUUUGGAUUGGGGUCUUAGGCCUAGUGCUGGGUGCUGGGCUGCGAGGGCUGCGAGUCAACAUUC